UUGGAGGAUUACUGCAAAAUGAGUAAUACAUCCAAUUUAGUUAUAUUUUCACUGUCUGGCUUCAGUGCCACUGUCAACUACAAAGUUACAUUUUUCUCUCUCACUUUACUGUGUUAUUGUCUAAUCGUGGUGGUAAAUGUGUCUCUCAUUUUAACCAUAAUUUUGGAUCAAAAUUUACAUAAACCCAUGUACGUUUUUUUGUGUUCUUUGUGCAUCAAUGGACUCUAUGGAGCUGCUGGCUUUUAUCCUAAAUUUGUCUUUGAUCUGCUGUCUGACAUUCAAGUAAUAUCAUAUACAGCAUGCCUUUUGCAAGUCUUUGUUAUAUACUCCAAUUCACAAAUCGACUACUCUAUUCUAGUUCUAAUGGCCUAUGACAGAUAUGUGGCCAUAUGUCGACCUCUGGAGUAUCACUCUGUGAUGUCUGUGCAAAGGAUUGCUGUGUUAAUUGGUUUGUCCUGGCUUGUACCUUUCUGCUCUGAAGGUAUGAUUAUAACUUUGACAUCCAUACUGAAAUUAUGUGGCUCCCACAUAGAUAAACUCUAUUGUGAGAACUGGUCAGUUGUUAAACUUUCCUGUGGCUCAACAAGAGCAAAUGACAUAGUUGGAUUGAUUGUUCUUGCUUUCUAUUGUGCUCAUGUCCUCUUGAUUGUAUGUUCAUAUGUGCAGUUGGUACAGUCAUCUUUAAAAUCCAAAGAGGGGAGGAGAAAGUUUACUCAGACAUGUGUGCCACAUCUGUUAUGUCUGUUCAAUGUCACAGCUGCUUUGCUUUUUGAUAUUAUGUACUCGAGGUAUGGAUCAGCAUCCAUGCCACAGAAUUUAAGGAACUUCAUGGCCAUACAAUUUCUUAUAAUUCCACCGAUUAUAAACCCUAUUAUUUAUGGACUGAUCCUGACUAGAAUUCGAAACAGAAUGAUAUAUUUGUGUAUGAUGGCAGGUCAAAGAUUUAAAUGGAGAUUCAAGGUUUAG